CCCCUAGGAGCUGCCAGUUCCCCUCUUCCUCGAGAGGAGCACGUGAUGGAGGCCUCCAAGGUGUCGGCGGCGCUUCUUCUGGCCGCCAUUCUCCUGCUCGGCCCCGCGUCCGCCGCCGCGUCCUCCUACCACCCCGCAAAGGUUGUCGGCGGGCUCCUGACAAGCACGGCGACGGCGGUGGUGAAGAAGCUGUGGUCCCUCUCCCUCAAAUCGACCACCAGCACGAGGACGGGUAAUCUGCAUGCGGCGGCAAAGUCCAUGGUGAGGUACGAGGGCGGGUACGCGGUGGAGACGGUCUUUGACGGCAGUAAGUUGGGGAUCGAACCGUACGCCGUCGAGGUCACCCCCGCCGGCGAGCUGCUCGUCCUCGACUCGAUGAACAGCAACGUCUACAGGGUCCAGCUGCCGCUGUCCCGAUAUAGCAGACCAAAGAUUGUCACGGGUUCACCUGAAGGAUUAUCUGGUCAUGUCGAUGGGAGGCUCCGAGAGGCGAGGUUGAAUCACCCCAAGGGAUUUGCAGUUGAUGGCAGGGGCAAUAUUUAUGUUGCGGAUGCUAUGAACAUGGCGAUAAGAAAGAUCAGCGAUACAGGGGUCACAACCAUUGCUGGGGGGAAAUCAAUGAGAGGUGGACACAUAGAUGGUCCAAGUGACGAUGCAAAAUUUUCUACUGACUUUGAAAUCCGAUAUAUCAGCAGUAGCUGCUCCCUCCUAGUCAUUGAUAGAGGAAACCAAGCAAUACGGGAGAUUCCGCUCCAGCCCGAUGACUGUGAAUAUCAGGAUGAAGCUGGUUUACCUCUAGGUCUUGCCUUGCUUUUUGCUGCUGUUUUCUUUGGUUACAUGCUUGCGUUGCUUCAGCGGCGGGUUUUAGGAAUGGUGUCAACAGCAGAGGAACCUCAAAUCCCUCAGAGACCCACUAAUGCAGGUAUCCCUCCAUAUCAACCACACCAGUCAUACCAGCAUCCAUUCAAGCCUUCGCUUCGCCCACCACUAAUCCCAAAUGAAGACGAGGCUGGAAAACAGGAUACUGAAGAAGGGUUCUUCACCUCAAUUGGCAAGUUCAUGGGAGGAGCGAAAUCAUCUGUGGCUGACAUAUUUUCCAGGAAAAGGCGCCCAACAAGGCAGCAUCAUCACCAGCAGCAGCGGAGAGCCAACCCAUGGCCAGUGCAAGAAAGCUAUGCCAUCCCAAAUGAUGAGACGCCACCUCCGCUGGAUACAAGAGCCCCAACGCCUCGGAAGAAUUACGCCUUCAUGACAACAGAGCCGGAAAAGGUUCACCAUGUCCGGCAUGGCCAGCCUUAUCUCAGCAGUUGGGAUGCAGGUGGCCCUCAGCAGCAGCCGGAGCACCAGGUGUAUCACCACCAACAGCAGCAGCACAGGCAGCAGCUGGAGCAGCAGGCAUAUCACCAGCAGCAGUUGCAGAACAGGCAGCAGUACUCUGCAGGGCCGCAGACCUUCUACGAGCAGAGCUGCGAGACGACGAACGAGGUUGUGUUCGGCGCGGUCCAGGAGGUGGACAGCAAGCGGCGCAUGGUUGAGAUCAAGGCCGUGAACUACGGGGACACCUUCUACGAGCAGUACGGGAUGCGGUACCGCAACAACUACAUCGGCUACAACAGCAACAGCAACUAUUAACAAUCAACCCCUCCCUGAUUUUCUUUUCUUUUCUUCUUGCCUCUUUUGCUAAUAUGAUUAGGUUUACCGCUCGUUCAUGUAAUCCAUGUCAUCUUCCCUCCCAGAGGCAUGUAGCAGAAAGAAGGAAAA